CAAAAACCCCUUCCUCGAACAAGAGAAAGACUAUCUUCUACUCCAUCCCCCAACCUUAUCUCCCUCCGUCUCUCCUUUCUCUCUCAUAAAAAUCAAAUCUUGCUAGGUUUCUCGAGGAAACCCGUCUGAAACCAGAGCAGCGAGGGAGAGAGAGGGGUCGGUGGAGAAAAGAUGCAAGGCUUUCUUCAGUCAAAAGGGAUUCUUUCCCUGCCUUCAAACCCAAAAAUCAGAGCUUUCAUUCCCCAGCCAUCGCAAGGUUUGAGGUACAGAUUCAGCCCAUUAAACCCCUCUUUAAAACCUAAUGUACCCUCGUUAUCCGUCAAUGGAUUCUCGAGGUUUCAAGGAUUUGUGGCAAAGCCUCAAUUUUUCGGUCAAAAGAGUAGAAAUUAUCCCAUCUGUAAAGCUGAGGCCGCCGCAGCUUCUGCUGAUGGGCAGCCUGUUUUUGGGGAGAAAGAUGCAUCACCUAAGUUUAUGGGAAUUGAGGUUGAGACACUCAAGAAAAUUGUCCCACUUGGGUUGAUGUUUUUCUGUAUUCUGUUUAAUUACACAAUUCUUAGGGAUACAAAGGAUGUUUUGGUGGUGACAGCACCAGGGUCUAGUGCUGAGAUUAUACCUUUCUUGAAAACAUGGGUGAAUUUGCCUAUGGCUAUUGGGUUCAUGCUCUUGUACACAAAGAUGUCUAAUGUGUUGUCCAAGCAGGCCCUCUUUUAUACCACUAUCCUCCCCUUUAUCGGCUUUUUUGGGGCUUUUGGGUUUGUUCUGUAUCCUCUCAGCAAGUAUUUCCACCCCACAGCUCUUGCGGAUAACCUUCUUAAUGUUCUUGGUCCGAGGUUUCUUGGCCCUCUUGCUAUUUUGAGGAUUUGGAGUUUCUGUCUUUUCUAUGUCAUGGCUGAGCUCUGGGGGAGUGUGGUUGUCUCAGUUCUGUUUUGGGGAUUUGCUAAUCAGAUUACUACAGUGGACGAAGCAAAGAAAUUCUAUCCACUUUUUGGACUUGGUGCGAACAUUGCCCUUGUCUUCUCUGGCCGGACAGUGAAGUACUUCUCCCAAAUGAGGCAGACCCUGGCUCCCGGUGUCGAUGGAUGGGCCAUCUCCUUGAAGGGAAUGAUGAGUAUCGUGGUGGCGAUGGGAUUUGCAAUUUGUUUCCUUUACUGGUGGGUGAAUAACAAUGUUCAGCUUCCCGCCCGUAGUCUGAAGAAGAAGGAGAAGCCGAAAAUGGGAACAAUGGAGAGCUUGAAGUUUUUGGUAUCUUCGAAAUAUAUUAGAGAUCUCGCCACUUUGGUGGUAGCAUAUGGUAUAAGCAUCAACCUUGUCGAGGUUACAUGGAAAUCAAAGCUUAAAGCCCAGUUCCCAACACCAAAUGAAUACUCGUCAUUUAUGGGUGACUUCUCAACUGCUACUGGAAUAGCCACCUUCUCUAUGAUGCUUUUGAGUCAAUGGAUCUUUGGCAAAUACGGUUGGGGAGUGGCAGCAACUGUUACGCCUACCGUCUUGCUUCUAACUGGAGUUGGAUUCUUUUCGUUGAUUCUAUUUGGUGCCCCUCUCGCUCCGACCCUUGCUCAAUUCGGGUUGACUCCACUUUUAGCAGCUGUGUAUGUUGGGGCGUUGCAGAACAUUUUCAGUAAGAGUGCCAAGUACAGCUUGUUCGAUCCGUGCAAGGAAAUGGCUUACAUUCCUUUGGAUGAGGACACUAAGGUUAAAGGGAAGGCAGCUAUCGACGUUGUAUGCAAUCCGUUGGGAAAAUCCGGAGGUGCUCUGAUCCAGCAGUUCAUGAUCUUGAGCUUCGGAUCACUAGCAAAUUCGACUCCCUAUCUCGGUGGGAUACUUCUUGUAAUUGUUCUCGCGUGGUUAGGGGCUGCCAGGUCAUUAGACGGCCAAUUCACCGCAUUGAGGAAAGAGGAGGAUCUCGAGAAGGAGAUGGAAAGAGCUGCAGUGAAGAUCCCGGUCAUGUCUUCGACUGAUAGUGGUAACGGCUCGCUUAAUGGUGAGUCGACCUUGAAUGCAGCAGGAGGCAACCCGUCAGGUGCUUCUUCCGAAUCCUCGUCUCCUCGAAGCGCGUGAGUGUAGCGUACGUUUAGUUCGAUAACGGGGGGAAUAAGCAACGAUGUUUUCGUAAGAUUGGCCAGGUUUGAGUCACCAUCGACUUGUGGCUGAUUUUCCAUUCAGUAAUUCUUAUAUUUAUUUCAUUUGUAAGAUUUUGUUUUCCUGCUCAUAAAAUAAUUAGAGAGCUACUUAGUCAUGCUACUUAAUUAAGCCCAAUGGUUUAAUAUAUAGAAUGUUCACUAAA